UCAUCCAGGGCCAGCCCAGGAUAGACUCCCUAGCAGGGUUGGCCCAGCCUAGGCCAGGCCACUAGGCGGAGAGGGAAUUUCCUUUGGCACCCUCCCCCUUAGGAACCUGUCUGGACGAUUUUAGUUCAGGGAAGGCGGGUGCAGAGCCUGGUAGGCUGCAGCUCGGGCCAGCAGGCUGCUCUGUUUGCUGCUUGAAGAGCAAGAUCGGACUGCAGGGUGGGACGGCUGUGCCUCGGCCUCCCCAGCGCUGGGGAUCCACCCCACAACAUGUUUAUGUGGGUGAGCCCUUGACGAGCUACGUUCCCAGCCCUGACCUUAUUUGAACGCUUUCAUGUUUAUGAGUGGAAGCUGCUGGUCUCAGCGACUACGUAUAGGAAUCUAAUGUCCGGCCCUGGGUCACGUGCGGGUGGAGGGAGGACCAGGCCGAUGGCUGCUGCUGACGAUGUAGAGAUGGAGACUGUGAAUCUGAAUACCGAGAGCGCGGGGAAGGAAGAGCUGGAGGAGGAGAAGCUGAGGGAGGACGGCGAAGGCAAAGACUUCCCCAGGAGCAGAAAGGUCCACAGGAUUGUCUCGAAGUGGAUGCUUCCAGAGCCAGUCCGAAGAACAUACCUGGAGCGAGCCAACUGCCUCCCGCCGCCACUCUUCAUCAUCUCCGUCAGCCUGGCCGAGCUGGCCGUGUUUGUUUACUAUGCUGUGUGGAAGCCUCAGAAACAGUGGAUCACUCUGGACAAGGGGAUCUUGGAAAGUCCCUUAACUUACCUCCCCGAGAAGAGGGAAGAAGCCUGGAGGUUUAUCUCAUACAUGCUGGUCCACGCCGGAGUCCAGCACAUCGUGGGCAAUCUUUUCAUGCAGCUUGUUCUGGGCAUCCCCUUGGAAAUGGUCCACAAAGGCCUCCGAGUGGGGCUGGUGUACCUGGCAGGAGUCCUUGCAGGGUCCCUCGCCAGCUCCAUUUUUGACCCCCUUAAGUCUCUCGUGGGUGCUUCAGGAGGAGUCUAUGCACUGAUGGGAGGCUAUUUUAUGAAUGUUAUAGUGAAUUUUCGAGAAAUGAUUCCUGCCUUUGGGAUCUUCAGACUGCUUGCCAUCAUCCUGAUAAUUGCACUGGAUAUGGGAUUUGCUCUCUACAGAAGGUUCUUUGUCCCUGCAAAUGGGUCUCCGGUAUCCUUUGCUGCGCACAUCGCGGGCGGAUUUGCUGGGAUGUCCAUAGGUUACACCGUGUUCAGCUGCUUUGACAAGACACUGCUCAAAGACCCCAGGUUCUGGGUGGCAAUUGCUGCCUAUGUCAUUUGUCUCUUAUUUGCUGUGUUUUUUAAUGUCUUCCUGUCCCCAGCGAACUGACUCACCUCUAAUGUAAGCUUAUGAAAAGUGCCACAUUGGGGGGAAAUGGAAAACAUGAAGAAACGCAGACAUCCCAGCGUAAAGAAGAUGGGACAGCACCCUAUUCAUCACCUCUGAGGGGAGCUUCCAAUAAGAGAGAGAGAAAGCUAGGAACCAAAGACCGAGUCUUUCAUGCAUAGAGUAUGCAUGUAUUAUCCUAUGACGGAGACUUAUAUCUUAUUUGAUAGACUCCACGAGAACUGUAUUAUCCUGAGAAUAAACCCUUUUCAUAUCUA